UUCGAAAGCAGAGAAAAAUUCUUGGUGGGAGGCCAACGCGAUUUGACGAGAUCGAAUCUCUUUCGUAAUCGAAGAGAAGUCGAAAGGUGGAAGGAGAAAGAGAAAUUGCCAAAAAAAAAAAAGAGCUGUGAAAUCACAGAUUUGAGGCGAUGGAUGCAAUAAGAAAACAAGCGAGCAGGCUGAGGGAACAAGUCUCGAGACAGCAGCAGGCUGUGUUCAAGCAAUUUGGAGGAGGAGGACAUGGCUCUGGUUUGUCCGAUAAUGCUGAACUUCAUCAGCAUCAGAAACUAGAGAAGCUUUACAUUUCCACCCGUGCUGCCAAGCAUUACCAAAGAGAUAUUGUUCGUGGGGUUGAAGGUUAUAUUGUCACCGGGUCCAAACAAGUUGAAAUAGGGACGAAACUGUCUGAGGAUAGCAGGAAAUAUGGUUCAGAGAACACGUGUACAAAUGGUAACGUCUUGACUAAGGCUGCACUGAGCUAUGGCCGUGCUCGUGCACAGAUGGAGAAAGAGCGUGGAAAUAUGUUGAAGGCUCUGGGUACACAGGUUGCUGAGCCAUUACGGGCAAUGGUCAUGGGAGCUCCGCUGGAGGAUGCUAGACAUCUUGCACAACGUUAUGAUAGAAUUCGCCAAGAAGCUGAAGCUCAGGCUACAGAAGUUGCCAGACGCCAAGCGAAGGCGAGAGAGUCUAACGGCCAUCCUGACAUCUUGACGAAACUGGAAUCUGCUGAAGCAAAACUUCAAGACCUAAAAUCAAAUAUGACAACAUUGGGGAAGGAAGCCGCUUCUGCUUUAUCUUCCGUUGAGGAUCAACAACAAAAAUUGACUCUUGAACGACUUAUAUCAAUGGUUGAAUCCGAACGUGCCUACCAUCAAAGAGUCCUCCAAAUACUUGAUCAGCUGGAAGGAGAGAUGGUAUCUGAGAGGCAACGUAUUGAAGCCCCCACUACUCCCUCAAGUGCAGACAAUAUGCAGCCACCUUCAUACAAUAUGCCGCCACCUCCAUCAUAUGAGGAAGCAAAUGGAGUGUUUGCAUCUCAUAUGCAUGACACGUCAACAGAUAGCAUGGGUUACUUCUUAGGAGAGGUCUUGUUCCCAUAUCACGGUGUGACAGAUGUCGAGCUGAGCUUAACAGCUGGUGAAUACGUUGUUGUUAGAAAGGUUACUGGUAGCGGAUGGGCGGAAGGUGAAUGCAAAGGCAAAGCCGGUUGGUUUCCUUAUGAGUACAUUGAAAGAAGGGAACGAGUUCUUGCUAGCAAAGUCUCUGAAGUCUUCUGAGAAAAUUGGAAUGGUAAAGCGUUGUGGUUCCCUUUGCUGGUUUGCUUCUGUAGAAGAGAUGUGUGUGUUCUUUAGAAAGAAAAAAAUGAAAGAGAGAAAAGAUUCACCGGGCAAAACAGAAGUCCAUGUUUAUGAGAUGAUAAAGAGCUGAUGCAGGUUUCUGUGAUUUUUUGAAUUUGAUAGUGAUGCCACCUGAAGGAGAGUUCAAUUUUAUGUAUUUAUUUCGAUAUUGGAUUUGGAUCUUGUCUUUUGCAUUUGAUGUUAAUGCCUAAUCUCAAUUUAUAUUCAUAUGUGAAUACACUUCCUUUUUGGAUUUUGUCUGUUACUUUUUUUUUCUAAUUACUUUGGCAUUGUGAUU